AUGCGUCUGGAGCGGAUCGCCGCCAGCGGGAAUAUUCUCCGGCUUUCCACUUCUCUCGAGAUUUUCCCACCACCACUCUAUCAGCAAAAAACCACAGUGAUUGAAAACGGUGAAAUCAGAUUCAAUGGAAAAGGGAAAAAGAUUCGGAAGCCUCGAACCAUUUACUCUAGUCUACAACUCCAGGCUUUAAACCAUCGCUUCCAGCAGACUCAGUACCUGGCACUUCCAGAGAGAGCUGAACUGGCAGCUUCAUUAGGACUUACCCAGACACAGGUGAAGAUCUGGUUUCAGAACAAGCGCUCCAAAUUCAAGAAGCUGCUGAAGCAGGGCAGCAACCCCCACGAGAGCGACCCUCUGCCCGGCUCCGCCGCCCUCUCCCCUCGCUCGCCGGCUCUGCCUCCAGUCUGGGACGUUUCAGCUUCUGCCAAGGGAGUCAAUAUGCCUCCCAACAGCUACAUGCCUGGCUAUUCUCACUGGUAUUCUUCUCCACAUCAAGACACAAUGCAGAGACCACAAAUGAUGUGA